GAAUCACAAGACUGGAGGACCGGUAUUGCGCUGUCGGCGUGCAUUUGUGUGUGACUGGAAACAUGUCCGCAAGGAUUGUGCACACCGGAAAAUCAAUGAAAUCCACCAAAACCUAAAGAACCAGUGCAAUUUGACCCUUCAAAAGAAUUGGACAUACUCCGGGACCCUUUUCUACGGUUGUGUUACCUCUCUGACUCGCGUUUUAGCCUAUACAGUGGCAGAAGUAUCCAAAACGAAUGGUGGAAGUCGAAUAGUCUCCAAAAGUAGGCUAGGCCGAGAGUGGAGUGGAGAGUGAAGGGCUCCGCAGGUAGAUACGGGCGCUCGCUCUUGAGGAAUGUUAUCCGUACUCUCCUAUGGAAGACUAGUUGCGAGGGCUGUCCUUAGCGGACUCUCUCAAACUGAUGGUCGGGAUUACAGCCUGGUCACAGCUAGUUGUGGGUUUGGGAAAGACUUUCGUAAAGGGAUCUUGAAGAAAGGAAUGUGCUACGGGGAUGACGCUUGUUUCAUUGCCCGGCAUAGGUCCGCCGAUGUAUUGGGUAAGUCUCACUUUAAUAUUCCCAUUAUCUGUUUGGUAAAGACACCGUUAAAGUAACCUAAUCGUUUAUUAUAAGAAAACAAAAGCCACCGUGAAAUAUGCAAGGUAUUUUGGGGGAUAAUAGGCCUAUAGCAUUUUCCAUAUUUUACCUUAAAUAUGUAGCCUAGCACGUGUCGCCAACCCAUGUCACGAAAACAAGGGGAUAUUCCCUAUCCCUACCCCUUACCUGAUUUAACCUCUAUCGUCUUAAAAGUUGGCACUGUGUUUUCCGAUGCUUGCCUUCUACGGUAGGCUACAGCUGUGGUCUGUAGGUCUAUAAACCACCGAGAAACAUUGCGCUAAGAGUUACAAAAAAUGUAUACUUUGUUGAAGAUGAAUUGUAAAGACCUUUCACCUAAAUACAUUUUUUCUGGACAAGCACUCCUACCAGCGCUACUAGUGGCGAUACUGUGAACAUGUAUACAAAGUUAUACAAUGUAUACACAACUAUUUCAUAGCGUGACAAAUGUGGAAGUCGCAGGUUGAUUGUGGCUAUAAAUUGUUAGCCUACAAAUUGUGCCGCCAUUCGAUGCUAAGAACAAUACGGUUUGUUGGAAGAGUUAAACAAAAUGUAUCGUUCUGUUAUGAUAGCCUAUAGCUUAAUAUUCAUUAGCCGUAGCCUAUUUUGUUUACACAUUUCACACACGCUUAGGGGAAACUCGCUAUCCCAUGUUUUCUAAAGGUCAGAAUGGUUGAGCAUGGAGGCAGCCAUGUUUCCAGGACACAUUCACGUUUCACAGACUCAUGAGGGGGAAGUGCUUUUGUCCUUACAGCAAUCGACCGUGUGUUGUCGUUUUACCGGUUGUCCGACCAUAUCAUUAUCAAGUUCUUAUUUACCAGAUGUCACACUUCACAUUCAGAACGGUGCCUAAAGCAGGGUUGCACCACUGCGAUAUAAUAAGGACUAGAGACUACGUCCGAGAUGUCCGCCUGUUGUUUUCAAGGUAAUCUACUGACGUUUGCAUACGACGAUUCAUGGACCGUCUAUAUCCGGGUUGCAUCCGGUGUAUACGGACCAACAUCAUAUAGGGCGGAUUCGAUUAUGCUAAGCCACGGGGCACAAGUCUAUGGCCCGUUAAACAAUGGGCGAAAGGGGGAGGGAGGAGAGCCCUUCUCCAAUCUAACAGUAAUCUGUGUGGCUCGGUCAUUUUGUCAACAAGGCUGUAUGGUACAUCAUCCAGAAACAUACAACAUCUCUUUUCCAUAAAAUACAUGUUUGAAUUUCAAAUUUUCAUUGGGAAGGCAGGUAAAGACUUUUUAUCAAAAAGCAAUAUUUUUUGCAUGGGAACUCAGAAUCCUAGUAAUUACUACACAUGCUUAAUUACUUUUUUUGAGCGGACUUUGCCAUGGGCAUUGAAGGCGCAUCUGGCUCACGCCCCGGAGGCAGCCAGGUUCCAAAUUGGAUGCCAUCAACUUUCAGCCGAUGCAAAACACGCCUACACGGGCGCCCAGGUGGGAUUUAUCGAACCCACUCAUAGAUACACAAAGGAGGCAGGGCUUAACGUGACCACGCCCCCGAGUAGGGUACAGCUGUAGGGUACUCCCGUUACUCCUGUUGUUAAAUUGCCUACUUUACUCAUAAUCCGACAACAGCUUUAUUAUUUUUUUAAUCAUUUGUUUAUUUUCUCCCCCUUUCUCCCCAAUUUUGUGAUCUCUAAUUGCGAUCCAAUUACGAUCUUGUCUCAUCUCUGCAACUCCUCAAUGGGCUCGGGAGUGGCGAAGGUCGAGUCAUGCGUCCUCCGAAACAUGACCCGCCAAACCACGCUUAACACCCGCCCACUUAACCCGGAAGCCAGCUGCACCAAUGUGUCGGAGGAAACACAGUUCAACUGACGACUGAAGUCAGCCUGCAGGCUCCCGGCCCACCACAAGCAGUUGCUAGAGCGAGAUGAGCCAAGUAAAGCCCCCCCGGCCAAACCCUCCCCUAAUCCGGAAGACCCUGGGCCAAUUGUGCGCCGCCCUAUGGGAUGCCAGGUCACGGCUGGUUGUGACACAGGCUGGGAACGAACCCCGGUCUGUAGUGACGCCUCAAGCACUGCGAUACAGUGCCUUAGAGCGCUGCGCCCCUCGGAAGGCCGUUUAAUCAUUCUAUAAACAUUUUGGAUAUGCUUGGUAGCCAUUAUUUAUUUUUUUACAUACUUCCAUGUCAUCUUAAUCAACAAACUAAAUCAUACCUAAAAAACACUUUCAUUCUAAACGUAAAAAUGUUAGCAUGAACAGAUAGACUGUCGCGUGGAAUGUACAUCACGAUUAUCAACUGCCCUGUUCAGAAUGAGCAGAAUUACACAUUUACAUUUCAGUCAUUUAGCAGACGCUCUUAUCCAGAGCGACUUACAGUUAGUGAAUACAUUUUUUUUUUAUACUGGCCCCCCGUGGGAAUCGAACCCACAACCCUGGCGUUGCAAACGCCAUGCUCUAUCAACUGAGCUACAUCCCUGCCGGCCAUUCCCUCCCCUACCCUGGACGACGCUGGGCAAAUUGUGCGCUGCCCAUGAGUCUCCUGGUCACGGCCGGCUGCGACAGAGCCUGGAUUCGAACCAGGAUCUAGUGGCACAGUUAGCACUGCGAUGCAGUGCCUUAGACCACUGCGCCACUCAGGAGACUUACACAACAUCCAUGUGUAACAAAUAACUAGCAGUUUUAUGGAAUACAUUUCUAUCUGUAACACUCUUUUGUACCUCAUUGAAUAUAGUUAGGGUUAGGCUAGUUCAUCAUUUUAGCUUGGUUUAAGUUGCCCUGUUUUCUUGAUAGGAUGUAGGCCUAACUCUGCAUUAUGUUAAGGCAGUGAAUGAGAUGCCUUUCAAAAACAUGCCCUAUUUGACUGGUAGAAGAGCAGGAUGAGACAUUGCAACAAGUCGUGCCGAACUAAAAUGAAAUGGUUGGAUGUCUAGUGUAGGCUACUGCCUGCCUCUACCAGCGGGAACCUUGGACCUGAAACAUUACUGCAGCAAAGCUCUUCAGUAUGCUCAUUGUGUCUAGUGAUGAUACUUUUGGGAGUUUUUACAUGGAUAGCUUUAGUCUGCUCAUGCUUUAGGGAAAUACAGUGGUGCUCACAUUCAGGUCUACUGAUUUCUCAUGAUGGACCACAUCAGGUCAGGGGCUGAGGCUGAGCUGCUUUCCUCUGUGGCUAAUUAACUGGUCAUGGAGACAGGAGACAGGAUCAAACACCCACAGAGACUGCUGGCUCUGGGCUUAUGUAUACAGUGUCCCACCUGGGUGCUAUAUUACUUGUGUUUGGCUAACAAAAUCUGUGGACGGGGAGGAUUCCAACCUGGCCUCUGCUGAUCAUUAUAGACCUCCCUAUACCCAAUAUAGUUUUAAUGUCAAUGUAGUUCUUAAUCUCUUGGAAAUGCCCGUUUUGCCAUGGCGAGAGUAGCGUUGGGCCUGUACUAUGUGCUGCUGUGGAAGGUGGUGUAGGACAUGCAUCUGUGUGUGUGUAUGGAAGUGUGUGUUUGUGUUUUAGGCACCAACAAAGAGUGUUGCUAAGCUAGCAGAGGGGGUUCCGUGUCAGUGUUGCCAACUCAUUUUCAGGGGCAGUUUCAAAUAAAAUAAAAUACAUUUUUAUUGGCCCAUGCGCCGAAUACAACAGGUGCAGACAUUACAGUGAAAUGCUUACUUACAGCCCUUAACCAACAGUGCAUUUAUUUUUAAUAAAAAAGUAAAAUAAAAUAACAAAGUGUUGAGGAAAAAAAGAGCAGAAGUAAAAUAAAAUAACAGUAGAGAGGCUAUAUAUACAGGGGGGUACCGGUGCAGAGUCAAUGUGCGGGGGCACCGGCUAGUUGAGGUAGUUGAAGUAAUAUGUACAUGUGGGUAGAGUUAAGUGACUAUGCAUAAAUAAUUAACAGAGUAGCAGCAGCGUAAAAAUAUGGGGUGGGGGUGGGGGGGCAGUGCAAAUAGUCCGGGUAGCCAUGAUUAGCUGUUAAGGAGUCUUUUGGACCUAGACUUGGCACUCCGGUACCGCUUGCCGUGCGGUAGCAGAGAGAGCAGUCUAUGACUAGGGUGGCUGGAGUCUUUGACAAUUUUGAGGGCCUUCCUCUGACACCGCCUGGUAUAGAGGUCCUGGAUGGCAGGAAGCUUGGCCCCAGUGAUGUACUGGGCCAUACGCACUACCCUCUGUAGUGCCUUGCGGUCGGAGGCCAAGCAGUUGCCAUACCAGGCGGUGAUGCAAUCAGUCAGGAUGCUCUCGAUGGUGCAGCUGUAUAAUUUUUUGAGGAUCUGAGGACCCAUGCCAAAUCUUUUCAGUCUCCUGAGGGGGAAUAGGCUAGUGGCAGGUCAAUUUGUUGCUAAAAGUUGCAUAAUGACGUUGUCAUUGCGUCAUUACGUAGAAUACACAAUAACGUUACUCAAAUUGACUGGCCAUCUUGGCGGAAAAUAUGAUUUGACAUUUGUUAGUUUAGAUUUGUUUGUUUAUUAUCACAUAUUUUUAUUUGUAAAAGUUAUAAACACAACACUUUAUAUGAUCAACAAUUCUUUUAAAAAACACAACACGUUGAAUUAUUGAAGAAUUACACAUUACAUAUUAUUGAACAAUUACAUUUUAUUAAUUUUCUUUUUAACUAGUAAACCUACACAUUCUGAACAAGUAUAGUUUUUAGCAGUGUAUUGGUAGUUAGUUAACAUGCUACCUAACUGAUCAACAAUUAUAGGUAUAAGCUAAUAACAAGGUAUAUAUGCGAUCUUAUUGAACAAGCAACUUAACUCAAAUAAUGAUGUGUGCACUAGGCAUCUCUCUCCAGGUUGUUGUGCUGCUUGGCUGGCUAGCUGCUCAAUUGUUUCCUCCAGAUAUUGCCACUGUUCUCGCUCACACUGCAGUGCACACUGCCACCAUCAGCUGUGUGUCUCCGCCAGUUCCAGGAAGUCCACUCCUUGCAUACAUCAUUUGGCUGAACAGCCGUUCAACCUCCGCAUUUGAGUGUGGCAAGGAGAGGGCAGCGAGUGCAGCUUUGCACAGUUCUUCAAAUGGAUUUGACCCAGAAGAGUCUGUGUAGUUAUUUACUUCACUCCAAAACUCGACUGUAUUUUCAGUUGAGUCCCACCUAAACAGAUGGAUGUUUGUAUCAAUUGUUUGUGGCUGGUACCCCAGUAGCUCAGCUACUUUAAGAAUUUCAGUGGUGCCUUUAUUGUGCUUUAGCGUUUCCUUAACACUGAACAAGGCCAUGUUUUGCAAGGCUUCUAGGUUGUCUGGGAGCCUUGCUUGCUGCUCCUUGCUUAAAGCAACAAUGUAGUUGGUGCACUGUCUCCGAAUGACCUUUUCGUCCUCUGGCGCAAGACUGAGUUGGUACACUGUGCUCUCGAAAAGGUACCCAAGGUAUGGUUAUGGACUGAGAUGUCCAUCAAUGGCAACCUUCAGGACAUCAAUUUUUGCCAUAGGGUUGACUACUCUGCUGCAAGUUGAUGUUAAGAGGUGUACCAGAUUGUCCAAAAGCUUAACAGAAUCUGUUUGCUCUCCCUCAAAUGACUUCACGGCAACUUGUACAUCGGACAGGAUUGAUUUCAAGAAUGUCAGGUAGACAUAGUUGGUCUUGUACAUGGCGUGGAGCACAUCCGCCAUGUAGCAAUGCUCACUGGCCUUGGUCAACUCAAAGUGGAGUUUCAGUUCUUCCCACUGGCUCAAUAAACGAGUUACCGCAGGCUCAAUCGAUAGCCAACGUGUGGCACACACUUUGGUGAUCUGCAGGGAUUUCUGGCCACAAUUAAUGGUGGCAUACACUGCUUUGUACGCCUCGCGCCGUUUUGGGGAACUCGAAAACCAGUUGUAGGUUUCCCUGAUUUAAGUACUCAACACUCCUAGGGAUGGUUUCUUUGGAUAAUGUACUGACGGCCAAUUGUAAAGAAUGGCACACACACCGGAUGAGUACCAAAUUGGGCAAUGCACAUUCUUCCUUUAAAAUCUUGUGCACCCCAGUCAUCACGGACGCAUUAUCAGUGCCAAUACCCUGAAUAUUCUAUUUUUUAAGGUUACACUUCUCAAGAAACUCAACUACCGCCUUUGCUAUUGAUCUGGCAUCGCCCCCUCCAAUUCAACCAGCUCGAGAAAUGUGGACACAACAGUUAUUGUUUUAGCACUGAAAUACCGAAUCACCACACCCAGGUAUUUCGAGACACUGACAUCAGUGGACAGAACUUCUCAUCCCCCACAUCUGAUGUUACCCUUUUGAGAAAAUAAGGAGCCAGUACUCCCCUAAUAAUUUCUGUGCACUUGGUGCAUUUGGAAGUUUGUUGCUGCCACAGAAUCUGAAAAGGCAGCUUUGCAAGUCAUACCUAAAUGGUCGCAUGCUAGCAGCGAACAAUGCUCUGCAAUGGCCAUUGCCAUAGUAACAUCUGCGCUUUUGCAGUUAUCCACUUUCUUAACCAACUGAUUUAUUUAUAUGCUUUGCUGUAGCACAAUGUUUUUUGAUGUCAUACAUUUUUGCAAGCAUAUCUGAUUUGCAGUAUGCACAGUAUGCCUGACAAUCAUCCCCAAUUUCUGGCUUCAGCCACCCUUUAAAUUCAGGUACAGACUCCCACUCUUUUCUGUACUUUUGGCUGUACAAUUUUGAUUUAGACAUGUUAAUUGAUGUUGUAAGUUCUGUUCAAGAUCAAACAUCCGUGACCAACUAUAUUCAUUGGGUUUGUCUCGUCGAACGCAUAUUACUGCUGCUGCAGUCAGCCAACAAUGAUUUGCAAUUUGCUGAAAUUGCUGCUGGCCUGCGGCUGCCUGUGCACGAGCUGAGCGCCUGCUGCUGACAUCACUCACAAUGCACUUUUGCAGCCAGGCACGUGUGUUAUGACUGAGUGUGACAGAGAAAAUUGUUUUAAUGUUUGGCCUGUCUGGUGAUAUCACCAGGCAAUACAUUAGAUAAUAGACCAAUAAGAAAGUUCCAAACCUCUCUGCCAAUAAAAACUAGUUUUCAGUUUUCCCCUCCCAACCAGACUACUCCCAGACAGUCCUAGAAAAGUUAUUGCUUGAGAAAAUGCUCUUUGCUAAGAAGCUAUUUUUCUUUCUUUUUUUACCAUUUGAAUUGAAAUCAUAGUAAGGUACUUAAUUGUUACCCAGAAAUGAUUUCAUAAUGAGAUAAAAACAGCUGCAUUUAAACUUUUAAACUUCGCAUUCAUUGGUUUUUGUUUGGCAUACAUUUUAAAGUGAAAAAUCUGAGUCUCCGCAUCAUUCUGUUAACGUGGAAUUGCCUGCAUGUUAUCACCGGGUGGGUCAAACAGCUGUAAAUCAAGGCAGGGGCCCCUGAUUUCACUCUGAACUCACUCACUCCUCCUUUGUCGGUGAGUUAAGCAUUGGCAGGUUUGUUCAACAAUUGCAUGUCCAUCAUUUUCUAUUUGAAUCGAGUGGUGUAAUUCGAUUUGUUAAUUUUGUGUCACUCGUGUACCUUUGGGUAAUCUGCAGUGAAAUGCCUAGGUCCAGGAUGAGCAGUUUAGAGCAGCUCGUGGCUUGUAUUGUUUUGUACUAUUACUUGGUGUUGUUUAAGGAUUGGUUAUUUCUCUUUCUUGCUGUAGUCCAGACAGUGAUGUGAGUUGAUGAGUAGUUUGUCUGUUCAGUGGUAACCAGAGGAUGGAUGUCUGGUCUUUGUCUCUUGUCACCAUGCAACUGGGAACAGCGAACAGCUGCAACUUACAAUGACAAAACACAAUGCCCAGCCAGACAGCCAGGGUGUGUGAAAGAGAGCGUGAAGGCGGGGUUUGACCUCUAACCCCUUUGUGCAGGGUUUGACCUCCAACCCCUUUGUAGGAGUUGACAACAUUGGUACUUUACUUGGUGGUAUUACAACAUUGAUGGUAGAAUAUGGCAAAGAUAAUCAUUCACUGUUCUGAUACUUAUACACUUUCCUUUUGCUCUGUGUGCCUCAGGUGUGGCGGAUGGUGUAGGUGGAUGGAGGGACUACGGGGUGGACCCGUCCCAGUUCUCUGCUACCCUGAUGAGGACGUGUGAGCGGCUGGUGAAGGAGGGCCGCUUCACCCCCAGCAGCCCUGUGGGCAUCCUCACCUCAGGCUACUACGAGCUCCUACAGAACAAAGUACCCCUGCUCGGUGAGCAAACACAAAACACACAUUCUCUCUCUUUUGAUAUUUACACUAUUAAAAUAAUAAUAAUCAAUAUUGUCAAUGGGACAACAAUAACCAAGGGUCAAAAUAACCAUUGAACAAUAACAAUAUAGAGGACAUGUGCAGGUUGGUUGGUCUGUCAGACGCUGUCCCUCAUCUUAUGGCAGGCAGCAAUGUAGUGCGCUGCCAACCCACAGCUCUGUGCGUCCUCCCCCAACAGGACGGGUAGCCUAUUCUCAUCAGAGAGGUCUUUGAAACCUUGAAAAAUUGUUUCAAAUUUGGGUAAAUGACACUAAUGACACCAUGGUCAAAUAGUUAGCCACGGUGGACUGUCAGUUUAGGGCCAGAUAGCACUGCAUUUUACUUAGUGCUUGUGUUUCCCAAUAAGCAAUGUAGUUUUGUUUUGACUGUGUUGUAAUUUGGUUUAUUCUGAUUGAUUGGAUGUUCUGGUCCUGAUGCUUCAGUGUGUUAGUAGAACAGGUUUGUGAACUCAGCCCCAGGACCAGCUGGAUGAGGGGACUAUUGUCUUUGCUCAGCUCUUGGCAUUGCAGGGCUUGGUAAUGAUAUGAGAGGGGGUCACUGUGUUUUUAGAUGUUUCCAAAACUUAAUUGCUAUUUUUUGAGUUUUUAUUAAUAGUGGAGAUUGGCCUAAUUCUGCCCUGCAUGCAUUGUUUGUAGUUUUCCUCUGGACAUGUAGGAGAAUCUUAUAGAACUCUGCAUUAUUUUUUUAUUUUUUUAUUUCACCUUUUAUUUAACCAGGUAAGCCAGUUGAGAACAAGUUCUCAUUUACAACUGCGACCUGGCCAAGAUAAAGCAAAUCAGUGCGAUUAAAAACAACAACACAGAGUUACAUAUGGGGUAAACAAAACAUAAAGUCAAAAAUACAACAGAUUGCAUGCAGGGUUUCAAUGGGUUGUUUGUCCCAUUUGGUGAAAUCUUGUUUUGCAAGUGGACCCCACACCUCGCUGCCAUGAAGUGCAAUUGGUUCAAUGACACAUUCAAUUUGUUUUAGAGAUAUUUUAAUAGGUAUUUGAAUUUGUUUUUUAAUGGUGUAGAAUGCCCUGUGUGCUUUCUCUCUCAGUUCAUUCACUGCAUCAUUAAGGUGUCCAGUUGAGCUUAUUUUUAAACCUAAGUAAUUGUAGUGUGUGCAGUACUCUAUAUAUUUUGUACCAAUUGAGAACUUUGGUCUAAUUCCCUGAGAUCUAGGUCUUCUCUAGAAAAUCGUUAUUUUAGUAUUUUUGGGGUUUACUGCCAGGGCCCAGGUCUGGCAGUACUGCUCUAGCAGGUCCAGGCUCUGCUGUAGGGCAUGUGCUGUGGGUGACAGCAGGCAUAGGUCAUCUGUGAAGAGCAGGCAUUUAACCUCUGAAUUGUGGAGACUAACACCAGCAGCUGGGGAUUUUUCUAGAAUAGUGGCCAAUUCGUUUAUGUAAAUAUAGAAGAGUGCAGGGUUCAGAUUGCAAUCCUGGCGAAGGCCCUGCCCCUGAUUUAAAUAAUUAUGUUAUUUUCUUGCCAAUUUGAUGCUGCACGUAUUGAUAUAAUUAUGUCAUGUGUUUUACCCCCUACACCACCUUCAAUAACUUUGUAGAACAGUCCUGAAUGCCAAAUAGAAUCAAAACCUUUUUUGAAGUCGAUAGAGCAAGCGUACAUUUUGGUAUUAUUUUGGUGGACAUGUUUAUCUAUCAGGGUGUGUAGGGUGUAAAUAUGAUCGGUCUUGCGACGUUUUGGUAUAAUUCCAAUUUGGCUUUUACUCAAGACAUUGUGCUUAUUAAGGAAGUUUAGAACUCUUACAUUUAUAAUACUACAGAAAACCUUCCCCAGGUUACUGUUCACACAAAUGCCUCUGUAAUUGUUAGGGUCAAAUUUGUCUCCGUUCUUAAAGAUUGGGGUUAUGAGUCCUUGAUUCCAGAUGUCAGGGAAAUAACCUACACUCAGGAUCAAAUUCAACAGUUUUUUAAUAUAGCCAAUUGACAUUUUGCACUAGUGAAUUUGAGCAUCUCAUUUAGGAUGCCAUCAGGUCCACAUGCUUUUUUAAAUUUGAGGGCCUGAAGUUUCUUAUAGAGCUCCUGGUCAGUUACUGGGGAGUCCACUGGAUUUUGAUUGUCCUUUUAUAGCUUUUUCUAAUCCAUUCAACUUCUAAUGAAUUUAGCAUUGUUCUGCGUUUGUGUCAAUUUGAACGGUGUUGUAUAGUGUUUUAAAAUGGGUUAAUUUUACAAUCUGCACCAAACCAGUUGUCAUCUGUGGUCUUUUUUGUUUUGUUUUGCCUAAAUAUACACUACUGUUCAAAAGUUUGGGGUCACUUAGAAAUGUCCUUGUUUUCGAAAGAAAAGCAAUUUUUCUGUCCAUUUAAAAUAACAUCAAAUUGAUCAGAAAUACAGUGUAGACAUUGUUAAUGUUGUAAAUGGCUAUUGUAGCUGGAAACGGCUGAUUUUUUUUAUGGAAAAUCUACAUAGGCGUACAGAGGCCCAUUAUCAGCAACCAUCAGCCCUGUGUUCCAAUGGCACAUUGUGUUUGCUAAUCCAAGUUUAUCAUUUUAAAAGGCUAGUUGAUCAUUAGAAAACCCUUUUGCAAUUAUGUUAGCACAGCUGAAAACUGUUGUUCUGAUUUAAAGAAGCAAUAAAACUGGCCUUCUUGAGACUAGUUGAUUAUCUGGAGCAUCAGCAAUUGUGGGUUCGAUUACAGGCUCAAAAUGGCCAGAAACAAAGAACUUUCUUCUGAAACUCGUCAGUCUAUUCUUGUUCAGAAAAUUGAAGGCUAUUCCAUGUGAGAAAUUGCCAAGAAACUGAAGAUUUCAUACGACGCUGUGUACUACUCCCUUCACAGAACAGCGCAAACUGUCUCUAACCAGAAUAGAAAGAGGAGUGGGAGGCCCCGGUGCACAAAUGAGCAAGAGGACAAAUACAUUUGAGUGUCUAUUUUGAGAAACAGAUGCCUCAACUGGCAGCUUCAUUAAAUAGUACCCGCAAAACACCAGUAUCAACGUCAACAGUGAAGAGGCGACUCCGGGAUGCUGACCUAGGCAGAGUUGCAAAGAAAAAGCCAUAUCUCAGACUGGCCAAUAAAAAGAAAGGAUUAAGAUGGGCAAAAGAACACAGAUACUGGACUUUUUCUUUGCAACAUUCUCUCUACUAUUAUUCUGACAUUUCACAUUCUUAAAUAAAGUGGUGAUCCUAACUGACAUAAGACAGGGAAUUUUUACUAGGAUUAAAUGUCAGGAAUUGUGAAAAACUGAGUUUAAAUGUAUUUGGCUAAGGUGUAUGUAAACAUCCGACUUCAACUGUGUAUAUACAGUGAGGGAAAAAGUAUUUUAUCCCCUGCUUAUUUUGUAUGUUUGACCACUGACAAAGAAAUGAUCAGUCUAUAAUUUUAAUGGUAGGUUUAUUUGAACAGUGAGAGACCGAAUAAAAACAAAACAAUCCAGAAAAACACAUGUUAUAAAUUGAUUUGCAUUUUAAUGAGGGAAAUAAGUAUUUGACCCCCCUCUCAAUCAGAAAGAUUUCUGGCUCCCAGGUGUCUUUUUAUACAGGUAACGAGCUGAGAUUAGGAGCACACUCUUAAAGGGAGUGCUCCUAAUCUCAGCUUGUUACCUGUAUAAAAAGACACCUGUCCACAGAAGCAAUCAAUCAGAUUCCAAACUCUCCACCAUGGCCAAGACCAAAGAGCUCUCCAAGGAUAUCAGGGACAAGAUUGUAGACCUACACAAGGCUGGAAUGGGCUACAAGCCCAUCGCCAAGCAGCUUGGUGAGAAGGUGACAACAGUUGGUGCGAUUAUUCGCAAAUGGAAGAAACAAGAAAGAACUGUCAAUCUCCCUCGGCCUGGGGCUCCAUGCAAGAUCUCACCUCGUGGAGUUGCACUGAUCAUGAGAAUGGUGAGGAAUCAGCCCAGAACUACACAGGAGGAUCUUGUCAAUGAUCUCAAGGCAGCUGGGACCAUAGUCACCAAGAAAACAAUUGGUAACACACUACGCCGUGAAGGACUGAAAUCCUGCAGUGCCCGCAAGGUCCCCCUGCUCAAGAAAGCACAUAUACAUGCCCGUCUGAAGUUUGCCAAUGAACAUCUGAAUGAUUCAGAGGAGACUGGGUGAAAGUGUUGUGGUCAGAUGAGACCAAAAUGGAGCUCUUUGGCAUCAACUCAACUCUGCCGUGUUUGGAGGAGGACGAAUGCUGCCUAUGACCCCCAAGAACACGUCAAACAUGGAGGUGGAAACAUUAUGCUUUGGGGGUGUUUUUCUGCUAAGGGACAGGACAACUUCACCGCAUCAAAGGGACGAUGGACGGGGACAUGUACCGUCAAAUCUUGGGUGAGAACCUCCUUCCCUCAGCCAGGGCAUUGAAAAUGGGUUGUGGAUGGGUAUUCCAGCAUGACAAUGACCCAAAACACACGGCCAAGGCAACAAAGGAGUGGCUCAAGAAGAAGCACAUUAAGAUCCUGGAGUGGCCUAGCCAGUCUCCAGACCUUAAUCCCAUAGAAAAUCUGUGGAGGGAGCUGAAGGUUUGAGUUGCCAAACGUCAGGCUCGAAACCUUAAUGACUUGGAGAAGAUCUGCAAAGAGGAGUGGGACAAAAUCCCUCCUGAGAUGUGUGCAAGUCAUGUUUUGCAGAGGGGUCAAAUACUUAUUUCCCUCAUUAAAAUGCAAAUCGAUUUAUAACAUUUUUGACAUGCGUUUUUCUGGAUUUAUUUUGUUAUUCUGUCUCUCACUGUUCAAAUAAACCUACCAUUAAAAUUAUAGACUGAUCAUUUCUUUGUCAGUGGGCAAACGUACAAAAUCAGCAGGGGAUCAAAUACUUUUUAUAUUACUCUUCAUUGAACAAGUAAACUUUUAGUACAAUAGGUAUGUGUGCACAUUUAGUGCAGAUGUGCGCACUCCGCGUAGCUGCGCUGGUCCUGCUGUUGGGCCCUGUGGAGUGGAGGGGGGCCAGGUCUGGGCCGUGGGGCUUCCUCUCUGGUCUGGUAGAGGUGGUGGUCUGGUGCGGGGUAGUAGGCUGGGCCUGGUCCAGUCUGGCUAAGCCGAUGGGAGUGGUGAUGCUCUGGUGGUGGGUGGGGCCUGAGGAAAGUGCUGGGUCUGGUGGGGCUAUGAGGGGUCCUGGGGCUCCUUGGUGGUGCAGUGGUCUGGUAGGGGUCUCUGAGUGGUCCUCUGUCCAGUGUGGCAUGGGGUGUUUGUCUACCAAGUGCCACAUCCUUUAGAGACUUGGCAAACAUCCCUACUCACUGCUUCCUCAGGUGGGAGUGGUCGUGCAGAUGGUCUGGGGUGAUUGUUGGGUGGUGAGCAAUGUUCGGGAGUAGGCCACACCCUCUGGUGAUGUCAGCGUUGACUUUCUGAAUAGUACAGGGAUGAAAGUCUUGGCGGGGCAGCAGAGUGGAGAUGGUGAUGUGGGAGUUGGGGAACCUCUCAGAGGCCCUCUCUGCUACUCUGUUGACCAGGCUGGGUACUCUCUCCUGCUCCUCUCGUUGUUGGUGCCGGUGUGAAAAAUAAUAAUGUGGCCUGGUUUGCCAAUGUCAGCCUGGGACAGGAUGUGGAGUGCAUCCUGCGUUUUUGGGCACCAUAUUUUGGACACCUUGUGGUGGGGGAAGAGUUUAUCCUCUUGGAUGAAUUUCCCAUUUGAGUCAAUGAGGAUGGCCACCUCAGUGGGUUUUACCAGAGUAGUGGGUUUACGGUGUGGGGCUAGGGCUGGGGUACACAGGGCCUUUGUACAAGGAGGGGUGUGUCGGGGUGUGUCGGGGGGCCAGAGAGCUUCUCUCUGUAGUAGGUGUCCUCAUGUGAGCCUCCUUGUUGACUGGGGGUGUGGGUAAAGGGUGAUCGGUUUGGGGGGUGGGGGGGGGGUGUUAGGGGUGGUGAGGGGCUGCAGCUUCUCUCUAGGGGUCUCUACAGUCUGUUCUCUAUGCUGCAGCACCCUCUUGAUGACAGACAACUCAUUUACCAUCUCCUCUUUUACCUGCACCAGCUCUCUCCUCAUGGUGGCCUUUACCUCCUGAAGCUCUGUGGUGAGGCUCUCUCCUCAUGGUGGCCUUUACCUCCUGAAGCGCUGUGGUGAGGCCCUCUCUCAGCUCCUGGACAGAGUUCUUCAGCUGGGUCCUGCACUGGUAGAUCUGGUCAUAUAGAAGCUCUGUGUCUGGGCUGGAGGUGGUGUAGCUGGGGGGCUGCUCCUUUAGCUCAGUAACCCAUACCUCUAACAGAGCCAGCCCGUCUUUCAGCAGGCUGAUGGUACUGUGGUCUUGGCUCUGGUGGUCGUAGGCAGGCAGGGGGGAGGACAGACCUGUUGUGUGGCCUGGGCACCUGCUGUUGGAGUGCCUGAGGUGAGGGGAGAGGUCGCUGUGCUGUCCUUGUCCUUUUUGGUUUCUGCUAUCUUCCUUAGGAUGGGGAAGUCCUGUACAAAAAAGCUGAGUGCAGCCUCACUGCCCUGGACCAUGACAGUGCCGUUCUGGUACAUGUUUACCGUCAGAAACCUGUUUUCCUGGUAUUUUUCGCUGUCCUAAAAAAUGGAUUUGCCUUCCCUUGCAGAUGCCUUUCUUUGUCCUAUAGCUGAAAUGCCUGGUUACAGCUGUAUGCCAGGCAGUAGUGUGGUCUGUGUAAAAUAACCGUUUUGUAACAGUCCUGUUGUGUGAGCAGUCGUGUUUGCCGGGUUCUCCCUCAGAAUUCUGUGUUUAAAAUUGAUUCUUCCCUUCUCUGAUUUGAUUUCUGCUGGAAAUUCAAAAGUGUUCACACGUGCUCAGGUAAGUAGAUAACAUACAGUAUCUGCAGCAUGAGUGUUUGCCGUUGCCUGUGGGUAUCCCUGCCCACUGAGCUGCACUCCUAUCAAUCCAUCCAAAAAUAUAAUCAUACAAAGCUGAAAUGUCUUCCAUCCUAAGCAUUAGGGCUGGGAUUUGCCAGGGACCUUACAAUAUUAUCACAAUACUUGGGUGAUGAUACGAUAUGUAUUGCGAUUCUCACCAUUUCAUAUGUAUUGCGAUUUGAUGUUCCAAACAUAUUGUUACGUAUAUAUCUGCGGCAGAGAGACGAGAGCACAUGAGAAAAUGAGUUUUGAUCAGUCAUGGAAGUAAAAGUGCUGAAAACAUGUUGGCUCACAAUUUAAAAAGAAGAUUGAGAAUAAGCUAUAGGAUGACAAUACCGGAGUUCUGGUGCAGGUACAGCCGACUAGUGCUACCUAGCAACAAGAAAAGGUGUGUGUGUGUGUGUGUGUGUGUGUAUAUACAGUACCAGUCAAAAGUUUGGACACACCUACUCAUUCAAGGGUUUUUCUUUAUUUUUACUAUUUUCUACAUUGUAGAAUAAUAGUGAAGACAUCAAAACUAUGAAAUAACACAUGGAAUCAUGUAGUAACCAAAAAAAAACAAAUACAUUUUAGAUUCUUCAAAGUAGCCACGCUUUGCCUUGAUGACAGCUUUGCACACUCUUGGCAUUCUCUCAACCAUCUUCACCUGGAAUCCUUUUCCAACAGUCUUGAAGGAGUUCCCUCAUAUGCUGAGCACUUGUUGGUUGCUUUUCCUUCACUCUGCGGGCCAACUCAUCCCAAACCAUCUCAAUUGGGUUCGAGGUCGGGUGAUUGUGGAGGCCAGGUCAUCUGAUGCAGCACUCCAUCAAUCUCCUUCUUGGUCAAAUAGCCCUUACACAGCCUGGAGGUGUGUUGGGUCAUUGUCCUGUUGAAAAACAAAUGAUAGUCCCACUAAGCGCAAACCAGAUGGGAUGGCGUAUCGCUGCAGAAUGCUGUGGUAGCCAUACUGGUUAAGUGUGCCUUGAAAUCUAAAAUAAAACACUGACAGUGUCACCAGCAAAGCAACAUCACACCACCUCCAUGUUUCGCGGUGGGAACCGCACAUGCGGAGUUCAUCCGUUCACCUACUCUGCGUCUCACAAAGACACGGUGGUUGGAACCAAAAAUCUCAAAUUUGGACUCAUCAGACCAAAGGACAGAUUUCCACCGGUCUAAUGUCCAUUGCUCGUGUUUCUGGGCCCAAGCAAGUCUCUUCUUCUUAUUGGUGUCCUUUUAGUAGUGGUUUCUUUGCAGCAAUUUGACCAUGAAGGUCUGAUUCACGCAGUCUUCUCUGAACAGUUGAUGUUGAUGUGUCUGUUACUUGAACUCCGUGAAGCAUUUAUUUGGGCUGCAAUUUCUGAGUCUGGUAACUCUAAUGAACUUAUCCUCUGCAGCAGAGGUAACUCUGGGUCUUCCAUUCCUGUGGCGGUCCUCAUGAGAGCCAGUUUCAUCAUAGCACUUGAUGGUUUUUGCAACUGCACUUGAAGACACUUUCAAAGUUAUUGAAAUGUUCCGUAUUGACUGACCUUCAUGUCUUAAAGUAAUGAUGGACUGUCGUUUCUCUUUGCUUAUUUGAGCUGUUCUUGCCAUAAUAUGGACUUGGUCUUUUACCAAAUAGGGCUAUCUUCUGUAUACCACCCCUACCUUGUCACAACACAACUGAUUGGCUCAAUGAAUUCAUACUACAGAAUAGCAGGCUGAAACACAGCCAAUACAGUAGGUGGGACCUAUAACAUUGCACCUAUAACAUUUGGAAAGAAAUUCCACAAAUAAACUUUUAACAAGGCACACCUGUUAAUUGAAAUGCAUUCCAGGUGACUACCUCAUGAAGCUGGCUGAGAGAAUGCCAAGAGUGUGCAAAGCUGUCAUCAAGGCAAAGGGUGGUUAUUUGAAGAAUGUCAAAUAUAAAAUAUAUUUUGAUUUGUUUAUCACUUUUUUGGUUACUACGUGAUUCCAUAUGUGUUUUUUCAUAGUUUUGUUAUCUUCACUAUUAUUCUAUAAUGUAGAAAAUAGUAAAAAUUAAGAAAACCCUAGAAUGAGUAGGUGUGUCCAAACUUUUGACUGGUAGUGUAUAUAUAAUUGUCUAUUAUUUUUACAAAUCGAUACUUGGAGUCAGUAUCAAUAUAAUAUCGUCCAAAAUGAUAUUGCGAUAUGUAACUGUAUCGAUCAUGUAACUGAAAUGGUGCCGUCCUUUAGUCUGCCGCCACCCAGUUCUAAGGUCCAACUCCACAGAAGUCAUUGGAACAAACAUUUGGCAAAGUCCCUACUCCCGCAGCCCCCUCCUCGUGACCAUUUCACCCCAUUGCAGAGCACCUAAAAGGUCAGUGGAAGGAGCAGUAACUGACACUGCUCACGGGUCCACACGUUUGUUUGAAGGCACUGGCAUGUGACAGACUUGGGCCACAUUUCAACUUAGACCCAACACCACAGGCAAGGCUGCCUGCAAAGAGAGCCACCGCUAUCCACCAAGUCACACAAUGUUUGUCUUUCAAAAGUGACCCGUUUCUUAUUUUGGGAUAGUGGGAGAGCAGCUAAAGGUCUGUGUUUGACUGUCCCUUCAAGGUCAGUGGCAGUCUAGGAGCUGCAGAGUGGGGACAGGGGAAGGACAUGGCAUUUGUUUUUGGUCUCUGUGCCAGACUGACUGAUCCAACAUGAUCUCACACACUCCUUGCUCACAAGGAGAAAGGCUAUCAAGUGAUGGCUAACCAUAUGUUUUUCUAUUCCCCCCCCUCUUCCCCAGGGAGCAGCACAGCCUGUAUCGUGGUCCUGGACCGACGGAGCCAUCAACUGCACACAUGUAAUCUAGGUGACUCUGGUUUCCUGGUGGUGCGGGGGGGAGAGGUGGUGCACCGCUCGGACGAACAGCAGCACUACUUCAACACCCCUUUUCAGCUGUCCAUCGCUCCCCCAGGUGCAGAGGGAGUAGUACUCAGUGACAGGUCAGACUACCUCCCUCACUUCUCUGACCCUCCACCUGGUCUCAAAUUAACAUUUCUGUAGAGAACUGGCUUUAGACCAGGGGUGUCAAACAUACGGCCGCAUUUAAUUACUAUUAUUAUGUUGUUGUUUUUUUGCUAUUUGAACGGUUAUUACAGUGACCAGUGUAAUUUGGCUGACCAAUAACCGUCAUCCAAAAUUCCACGACAGUCACAGCCCUACUCGCCCAGACCCCUUUCCGCUGGGCAUGUUCUUUUUCUGUCUCCAAGAAUCUUGGAAGAAGAGGCAUUCUUUUGAGCUCCUCCAUGUGUUUCUACACCUUUCAUGUUUUAUAUUGCAGUCUCACUUUGCAUGAACACGCACACUUGCACAUUGUCACAAUUCAUGCUCCCAUGCAUACUUCUCAGCAAACUCACACACACCGACUCAUGUGUUCACAUUUACUCUCUUUCUGGCAUGGAGGGGGUUUAAUAGGGUGAAACUGUUAUUUCAGGAGGAGAUACAGUACCUAUCUGACUGACGAAGCGCAGUUAGAGUCCCAUCUUGUAAAAUUCAUUUUUCACAUCAUUGAAUUACUCAGACUUUUCCAGGCAGCCUGUUGACGCAAACUGUCCUCAUUGACGCCAAGGCCCAAGAUGGCCAGGUCAACUGAGACGGGUUAGAAUAAAACAACAGUCUUGGCUUAAUCAGGGGCAGAGGGUACAGCCAGCUCCCAUGAAAUGAACCUUACUAGGAGCCAGUGAGCAUGCUGGGCCUGGGGGGUGGGGCUGGAGCAGGGCAGGCAGCACUGUGUUCCAGGAGGAAUCAAGUGUCUUAUUACCCAGGCAUCAGCUGUCCCUCUGGCGCACAGUCACUUUUGACCUGCUUCCUCCUGAUCAUAUUUCUGUUUGUGAGGAGCACUAGUACUGUCUGUCUGGUAGCAGCUUUCUAGGGCCCUCUGACUGGUCCUGACUGACAGUCCUGUGUUUUCUUCGCCAGCCCUGAGGCCGCUGACAGCUCCUCCUUCGACGUCCAGCUGGGUGACAUCAUCCUGACCGCCUCGGAUGGCCUCUUCGACAACAUGCCCGACUACAUGAUCCUGCAAGAGCUCAAGAAGCUCAAGGUAACACAUUACAGUACCUCAUAACUGCUUGCACACACUCUCUUAUAUUUACAAAUUCACUUUAGUAAAUACCUGCACACAUUUCUUUGGUCCUAAUGCUAAUGGUUGUAUUUCUCAGAGCACGAACUAUGACAGCAUCCAGCAGACGGCACAGAGCAUUGCAAAGCAAGCCCAUGAACUGGCCUAUGACCCCAACUACAUGUCCCCUUUCGCUCAGUUUGCCUGUGACAAUGGUCUGAAUGUAAGAGGUACGUAUCGGGUUCUUGGGAAGUCCUUUACGUCCCUAAUAACACCUCCAGCAACACUGUCAGUUUGAAGAUUGGGCCAUUCAAGGUUGACUUUGAUCUCUGGAAAGCCAAUUGACACAUUCUCUUUUGUCUUGUGUCCUGCAGGGGGGAAGCCUGAUGACAUCACAGUGCUGCUGUCCAUUGUGGCAGAAUGCACAGACUAAGUGUGUGUGAUGUUUAUUGGAACUGUUUACUUCCUUCCCUCUGUCAGUCUUCCACCUGCCUCCUUCUCAAAUGCAUUGCUUCCUGUCGGACGGACUGGGGAGCCCCCCCUAUCCCUUCACUGACCUUCCCAUCUCACCGCCACAAAAUAGAACACGCGCUCCUCACCACAAAAUUGGGCUCCAUCUCUAUUCUUCCAUUUUGUUUUGGGACUGUAGUGAGGAGGCAGGCAGCUAGGACUUUCUCAUGUUGAUCGUGAUGCAGGAGGAGCAGAACGGCAUGUUGGUUCCCCACUUC